CCUGUGGUAUCCCAGAGACGAAUGAGUCCUACUUCAAACAAUGGCUGAGGCUUAUCUAGCCUCUGUCCCACCAGAAGCCAAUCAGUUCCAGGAAGAGUUUUCCAGCCCUGCCUGAACCCUGCCAGUCCAAUAACAGCAUAGCACCUGGCAUGUAGUGAGCACUACAAAUAUUUGGCUGAUGAAAUUCCCACCCUGUACGUCUCUGACAAAUCCUUGCCCAAGCAGCCUCAACCUCUUCCCCGCUCUCCAAACCUCCACAGAGGCCACAACUGCACCAUCUCUGUUGCUAUUCUCAUCACUGGGUCACCAUCCACCAUGCAUCUCCCUCUACCUUCUCCCCACCCCAGCUCUCCAGGACCCAGCCUACCUUGACGCCCAGCUUGCUGGCUGGUCCUACUGUGACUUCUUGGGAAGCUUGCAAGGAUGGAAAGCCCAUGUGACUGCCUAAAGGGAGGGAGAACUUAGAAAGACGAGCAGCAGAGUUCUUGGUCCAGAACAGGCUAGCAGGGAAGAGAAAGCUGUCUGAAAUAUACCUUAAUGUAUCUGUGGGUAUAUGUGUAUAUGUGUAUGUGUGUGUGUGUCUGUGUACACACAUAUAUGGACAUCUAAGUUUAUGAGGCAUCUUUGCAUGAAUAUGUAUUGAUAUAUUUUCAUUUAUUGGCUUAAUGGAUUUUUUUCUGCUGUCCUAAUAUGCUUUUGCCUUCAUCAGCAUGUCUUUGGUUACAAAAUCUGGGGUUUGGGAAUCCAAUCUGCAAGAGGGAGUAUGAGCAGCGCUGGGAGGGCGUAUCCCAAUUCCACACCCCUCAACCCUCAGCACCAGAGGCAUUGACGGAGAGGCAGGACAAACACUGAAGGUUGUUGAGGGAGUUGUGACAUCCUAUGAGAAGUGGAACUAGAUAGCCAUUGAGGUCCCUUUAAUUCCAGUGAAUCUAAAUCUAGACUGCUUUGUAUAGUAACCAGGACAUGAUUAAGUGGUGGUCUAAAGUGUGAUGUCGUGGGCCAUGGAGCUUCAGUGCUUAUGAGAAUGACCUCUGGUCAGAUGCACCUGGGUUGAGGCACAGCUGCAUAAGUUAAUAAUUGUGUGCUCUGGACAUGUCUCCUAACCUUUCUGUGCCUCAGUUUCUUCACCUGUAAAAUGAGAAUGGCAAUAGUACCUAUUAAGGUUGUGGUGAGAAUCAAUGAGAUAACAAAUAUGAUAAGAUAACACAGGUGGUAAGAGCUCAGUCACUGUUGCUGGUGGUUGUUAGGCUGUUAUUUUUGCUGAGGAUUCAGUUUGAAACACCUGGAUCCUCAGAUGAACCACCUGGCUCUGUGGAGUCAGCCUUAACUGCCUUCUCCAGCUCCCAUCCUUGCUUCUGACCUAAAAUUCCACUAAUGAGGGGAAGAGCUCAUUCCCUCAAAAUGCCAUCCCAUAGCCAGUUCAGCUGGACACCAAGAGAACCUAGCCAGGCUGCACUCCACUCUGACAGCUUUGGCUACAGCCAGGGUCCACCCAGCUGGACACUUGGAAGGGACAGACCAUUCAAUCCCAAAUUCUGAGGCAUCACUGCUUCCCAGGACAGCAAGUGACACCCUCUUUUAUCCCCUAAACAACAGGAGUCAGAGAUAUGUUUAUGUGGUGCCGUCCAGGGAGGAUGAGGAUUCUGAUGGGCAGUGGCUCUGCAGCCUGCUUUUGGGCUGUGCACAUGAAACUUAUGCAAAUGAAGCAGCCACUUCUGCUCUUACUCCCUCUAACCAGCUUCCUUCUGGGAGAGAAGGGCCAGGCUCACUCUUCAGUUGUGCUUCCGGACCAGAUGCAGUGGUUCACACCUGUAAUCCCAGCGCUUUGUGAGGCUGAGGACCCCAACCCUUGCUUGGGCACUUACUGUUUGUCGAACUUGGACCAAUCACCUUACUGUGUGCCAGUGUCAUGCUAAGCACAGGAAUUUGAAGGUGAAGCCAACCUGUGGCCCCUUCAAAAGUCAGGUCUGAGGCUUGUAAGGAGGUAUCUUUUUGGUAGAGAUCACCCAAAGAUAAGCCCAUGGGUGUCCCCAGUUUGGACAAAGUACCCCCCAAAUUGGACCCAUCUUGCUGUACCUGCCUACAUGACCUAUUUUCUAGCUGCAAACAGCUAGCAUUACCUGUUCUCAACAUCUGGCAUUACCUACCUGCUUCGUCACCUUCCCUCAGGCUUCAAACAGCUAUAGGGCCCCACCUCCUCCCCAUCUAGGGUCCCUCCCUCCCCUUUUUCAUCCUGAAAGGAUCUGGAGACACCAGAUCCACAAGUCCUGAUGUCUUUAAAAGGAUCAGCCCGAGGAAUAAGGCUCAUUUGAGAGCUGUGACAUUUAUCUGACUCUAGUGAAAGUCCAACAGCCACUCCCUUUUUGACUUCCAACUGGGCACCAUGAGGGCCUGCAUCCCCCUGGCACUGGCCGUGCUGUGCGGCCUGGCCUGGGCGGGAAAAAUGGAAUCCUAUGCAUCUCGAUGUAAUGAGAAAUUUAACCGGGAUGCUGCCUGCCAGUGUGACUGCUGGUGUCCCUGGCAUGGGGACUGUUGUGAAGACUAUAAACACCUGUGUACUGAGGACCACAAAGAGUCAGAGCCGUUCCCACAGCCAGAGGAAAAGACAGAAGAGGCCCUUGCCAGCAACUUGUACUCGGCACCCACCUCCUGCCAGGGCCGCUGCUACGAAGCCUUCGACAAGCACCAGCAAUGUCACUGCAAUGCCCACUGCCAAGAGUUUGGAAACUGCUGCAAGGAUUUCGAGAGCCUGUGUAGUGACCAGGGCUUCUCCUACAGCAGUGAUGCCAUAACCAAAGAGGAGAUUCAGAGCAUCUCUGAGAAGAUCUACAGGGCAGACACCAACAAAGCCCAGAAGGAAGAUAUCAUUCUCAACAGACAAAACUGCAUCUCCCCAUCAGAGACCAGAGACCAAGUGGAUCACUGCCCAAAGCCACUCUUCACUUACGUCAAUGAGAAGCUGUUCUCCAAGCCCACCUAUGCAGCCUUCAUCAACCUCCUCAACAACUACCAGCGGGCGACAGGCCAUGGGGAGCACUUCAGCGCCCAGCAGCUGGCCGAGCAGGACGCCUUCCUCAGAGAGAUCAUGAAGACGGCAGUCAUGAAGGAGCUCUACAGCUUCCUCCAUUACCAAAACCGCUAUAGCUCAGAACAAGAAUUUGUCGAUGACUUGAAGAACAUGUGGUUUGGGCUCUAUUCAAGAGGCAAAGAGGAGGGGGACUCAAGUGGCUUUGAACACGUCUUCUCAGGUGAAGUCAAAAAAGGCAAGGUUACUGGCUUCCAUAACUGGAUCCGCUUCUAUCUGCAGGAGAAGGAGGGCCUGGUUGACUAUUACAGUCACAUCCUCGAUGGGCCUUGGGAUUCUUACCCUGACGUGCUGGCAAUGCAGUUCACUUGGGACGGCUACUAUAAAGAAGUGGGCUCCGCUUUCAUCGGCAGCAGCCCUGAGUUUGAGUUUGCACUCUACUCCUUAUGCUUCAUCGCCAGGCCAGGCAAAGUGUGCCAGCUAAGCCUGGGAGGAUAUCCCUUGGCCAUCCGGACCUACACCUGGGACAAUUCCACCUACGGGAAUGGCAAGAAGUACAUCGCCACAGCCUACAUAGUGUCUUCCACCUAAUAGAACUUUGAGCCAGAAAGGGGCAUGAGGGCUCUUGCAAGACUAAAGUGCUAUCUUCUUUGGACUAGAGAGAAGAGGGAGAAGACUGGGAGGGAUCCCCUCAUCUCAAAGCAAUGAGAAGCAUUCCUAAAUCCCAAAGUGCCCGCAUGGGAAAGAGAGAAAAUGUACAAAUUAGAAAAAUGUGGAGAAACAGUCAAAUCUUUGUCCUCCAGAAUUUUGGCUAUGUAGACUAAGAAAUAGAGUCCAGGCAGAGAAGGUAGGAACCCUCCAUAGCUCUUUGCCCUGAUGUGUGGGGAAGCUAGGAACAAGUCCUUCAACCUCACUAGGCCUCAUGCUUCCCUUUAAUGUAACAGGAAGGGGUCUGCCCACUUUCCUCUUUUUGCGGUUGGUGAGAGGGCAAACCCUGAUGAUAUUUUUACUGUGAAGGUGUUUUCAAUUGUUCUUAGGAAGAACAGCUGAUAGAAAUUCAAGCUAUAAUGGCUGUUAUUAUACACAGCUCCAUAAACGACAACUCAGCCCUGUGUUGGGGUCCUCAAAGAAGUAAGGCCACAGUAAUCAAGCAAGGACCUUUGUUUUUUUCCAGAGUUAGAUCCUCUCAGAACAGAGUCUGGGAUAAUUCCAAUGUUGGAUGGAGAAGGGUAAUAUGUUGGUACAGUGAGUGGGCUGAGGGUGGUGUGGUCUUCUCUAGGCCUGAGUGUUUUUAUGUUCAGCUCAGUAUCUGCAUCAAGAAGUUUCCCACUUGUGUAUGUUUAGUGCAACUACAGACUUGUAUUUUGAUCCCAAAUAGUUUUUUUUUUUUUGAAAGAGUUAUCCUCAUAGGAGGAAGAUUC